CUCCCGAUUAAGUGUUAGUAACUAAUUGCAUUCAAAUCAAACUUGUACAGCACUUCAAUGUUCAAAAAUAAUAUAAUAUCCAAACCUAACUUUACUCAAUAAAAGUUUUGUCAACUUUGUUUAACACUAGUUUAAGUUACUUUCAUCGACGUCAGAAUCAACAAUGAAUAAUCAAACAACAAUAGCUUAUUCCAAACACAAUUUCACCAUAAUUGAUUACCUCGUUUUUGCCGCUCUUCUUGCCGUCUCAUCUGGAAUCGGUGUUUUCUUUUGGUGCAAAGAUCGAAAGAAAGCCAACAAUUCAGCCUAUUUAACAGGUAAUCGGAACCUGAGUGUGAUUCCAGUAGCUCUUUCAUUAGCCGCUUCAUUCAUGUCAACAAAUACAAUUCUUGGUGUUCCAGCUGAAGUUUACCUUCUAGGAACCCAAUACAGUGUCCACAUGAUUUCCUUUUUAAUUGCAAUUCUAUUGGCUUCUUACAUCUUUAUGCCACUUUAUUAUGAUCUUAAUGUCAUCAGUGUUAAUAAGUAUUUGUCGUUACGCUUUCAAUCUCCAGAAAUACGAAUUAUUGGCUCAUUGGGAUUCAUUCUUGCAACUCUUCCCUACAUGGGUGUAGUGCUCUAUGGACCCUCCUUGGCUCUCAGUUCAGUAACUCCUUUGUCCGUCAACACGUCCAUCUUAGUUGUUGGGGCGAUAUGCACCUUUUAUACAACCAUGGGAGGAAUUAAAGCCGUCAUCUGGUCAGAUGUAAUUCAAUUUUUUUUAAUGUUGAACUGCCUUCUGAUGGUGGUUAUUGUUGGCUCAUUUGAAAUGGGUUUUGUUGAGCCAUGGAGAAUUGCUAAUCAAGGUGGAAGAGUCAACUUUUUCAACUUUGAUUUCAACAUCUAUCGUAAUGAUAACUUUUGGGUCGUGUUUUUGGGGUCCGUUAUUGGAUGGACUGGUGUCUACUGCUCGAAACAAACUCAAGUUCAAAGAUAUUGUUGUUUAGAAUCAAAGGAAAAGGCUCGUCAAGCAUUGUUCUGGAAUGUACCUGGAGUUUUAGUGAUCGCUAUAUUAGCCAUUUGGUCUGGAAUCAUAAUUUACGCAAAGUAUCAUGCUUGUGAUCCGAUUUCACUUGGAAUUGUUGAAAGACAUGAUCAGAUGAUGCCUUUAUAUGUUCAAGAUACAUUAUCACGAAUACCUGGACUUUCGGGUGUUUUUGUCGUUGGGGUUUUCAGUGGUUCUCUAAGCACACUUUCAUCUGGUUAUAAUGCACUGGCUACUUUGACAUGGGAUGAUUUUUUGCGACGACAUUUCAGUGGAACAACCGACCAGACUCAAGCUAGGAUAACCAAAGGACUUUCUGCGCUUUAUGGACUCUCCUCGAUUGGAAUAGCUUUUUUCAUUGGGCGUCUCGGGACUGUUUUGCAGGCUUCAGCAGCUUUAGUUGGUGCAAUAAGCGGACCUCUUUUAGCUCUUUUUACUUUGGGUAUUUUCAUUCCUUUUGGAAACGCUAAAGGUGCUAUUGGUGGCUUUUUAUCCGGACUGAUCAUUUCGCUUUUCAUGGCUCUUGGUGCUGUGUUUAAUCUGAGACCCAAAAUUCGUCUUCCAGUUUCGACUGAUAAUUGUUCUUACGACAUUUCACUAGCUUUUGGGUCACCAAUCUCACCUGAUCCUUACAUCAAACCAUGGGAAUAUAAGCCUGAAGGUUUGAAUCAAUUUUUCCAUGUGAGUUACUAUCUUAUAUCUUUUGUAGGCUUCUUAAUUUCAAUAACAACUGGUAUCGUCAUUAGUUUACUCACAGGAGGCAGUAAUGUUAAAGAUAAAAGAUAUUUAAGUCCAUUGGUUUGGUGGCUUCUUCCUAAGAAUCUCGAGGACAAAAAGAAAAUACCAACUAAUGGUGUGAAUGGAAGUGCAAGCGCAAGUUGUGAUAAAAAGGCCAAUUUUAAUAGUGAGAUUGAACUUUUAAAUCAAGGUGUAAAAGACGAUAUCAAAUUGGAAUCUGAUACACCGAAGCUUUCUCAAGUAUGAAUCAAUCCAAAUUAGUCAAAAUGGUUGAAAAAGCCAAGUCGCGAAAAUACUAUCGCUUAAAUAUGUUGAUUCAAUUUAAUGAGAAGUAUCAUUUUAUUGAAAAGCUGAUAAAGCAAUGAAGUAAAUCACUUCGGAUCUGGUGGAUCCGAUCAAUUUACAGUUAAGACCUAAUUGGUUUGUAAAAAAGAUUUUCCAAUAAAUUUUGAUGCAUUUGAAACAUUA